UUACAGCAUGCCGGGUCUGAUCAACAAGGAGAGUCGAGGCGCUCUGCCGCUCAGCGUCUGUGACAUCACUUCCUGUGUCCGAGGCUAUACGCUCGCCAUGACGGCCUCCAUGACCUACGAGAACAUCGAGGACCACGCUAUAGAGGGGAUCUUCCUCUACCCCCUGGAGGAGAACUCCAUCGUGGUGGGCUUCGAGACCAUGAUCUGCAGCCAGAUUAUAACUCUGCAGAUCAAAGACAAGACCAAGAUCGACGACUGCUAUCUGGACGGCUGCACGACUAACGGAGGCCUGCAGAGCGGCAGCGGCCAGGUGCUGGUGGACGAGGACCUGGAGAGGACGGUGCUGCUGGUGCACCUGGGGCUGAUCCCGCCCCUGGAGACGGUGCAUGUUCUGGUCAGCACCUCCUCUGAGCUCUGCACUCUGCCCUGUGGAGGCAUCAGGGUCCGCUCCCCCCCCGCCUGCACCCCCCGGGUCCAGAGGAGCAUCAACGAGGAGCAGGGCCUGUCGCCAAACUUCUGCAGGACGAGGGAGCGGUCCAGCUGUGCCUCCAGCCCUCCCGAUCAGUCCGGACCCCCCCCUCUCUGCCUGGCCUCGCUGCUGGAGGAGGAGGCGAUCAACUCCAUGGAUUACCAGUUCAACUUCCAGCUGGAGAUACGGGCUCCUUAUCUGUUAGCAGGUGUGGAGAGUCCGUCUCAUGCUAUCCGAGCGGACGCGGACCCUCAGGCUCGCUCGGCCACCAGCGUGAUGAUCACUCUGGCCGACAAAUACACCUACGACUGUCCCGUGGAGAUCCUCAUCUACCCCAGCGAGCCUCACGUCCCUCACGUCCUGAUUGAGAGCGGCGACAUUACGCCGGGCGAAUACGACGAGUUUCUGCACGGACGCAGCGACUUCAUCAAGGCUGUGAAGAAGGACGGGAGCGACCUGAGGAAGGUGGAGAUGAUGAACCGCCGGCUGCACAAAGACCUGUUGCACAACCCAGUGGUGAUGCUGAACUUCUGCCCCGACCUGAGGGGGGGUCACCAGGACCUGAGGGGGGGGGAAUAUAUCUUCCUGUUGGACAGAAGUGGCAGCAUGAGCGGAGCCAACAUCAGCCGAGUCAAGGACGCCAUGGUUCUGAUCCUGAAGAGUCUGCUGCCCGGCUGCCUCUUCAACAUCAUCGGCUUCGGGUCCACCUUCAAGCCCCUGUUCCCGACCAGCCAGAGCUACGAGGAGGAGAACCUGGUCCAGGCCUCUGAAUACGUCCGGAGGCUCCGGGGCGACAUGGGAGGAACCAACGUCCUGAACCCCCUGAUCUGGAUCCUCCGUCAGCCCUCCUUCAGAGGACACCCCCGCCUCCUGUUCCUCAUCACUGAUGGAGCGGUCCGCAACACGGGGGCCGUCAUCGAGCUGAUCCGGAGCCAGGCCCGCUCCAUCAGGUGCUUCACGUUCGGCCUCGGGCUGACGGCCUGCAGGCGGCUGGUUCUCGGCCUGGCCGCCGUGUCCAGAGGAAACGCAGAGUUCCUGUCUGAGGGAGAGAGGCUGCAGCCCAAGAUGAUAAAGUCCCUGAAGAAGACCAUGUGUCCGGUCCUCACUGAUAUCUCCAUCGAGUGGCUGUUUCCGGAGACUAAAGAGGUUCUGCUGUCGCCGGUGGGGAACAACUUCCUGUUUCCUGGAGACAGUCUGAUCGGAUACAGCGUGGUCUGUGACGCCACCAGAUACCACAACAAGCCCAAAUCUGAUAAGAGGAGGAGAUACUCCAUGAUGCGCUCCGUGGAGUCGGCCAGCUCGGUGUUUUUCCACUCUCAGGAGGAGGAUCCUCUGAGGACCGGAGGGGAGAGCGAGUCCUUCAGGGACCCCCUGACCCCCCCAGAGCAGGACCCUGGAGGCUGUGAGACGUCUCCCAGGAGAAGAGCGUACAGCACCACCCAGAUCUCAGACCACCACCCCGCCAACAGGGCCUUCACCCCCAGCGACCCCUGCUCCGUGGCCCCCAAGAACCCCCUGAGGAGGGCCAAGGUCCAGGAGCUGGUGGGCCAGAGCGAGGCCCAGUGGAGGAGGGACUACCAGCCUCAGCUGGCGAGCCUGUGUUCGGCGUCUUCCUGCAGGGGGGGGCGUCCUGCCGUCAGCCAGCGCCCCCCCCCCCGACCCAGAGCCUCAACCGACCAAUCAGAACCCCCGUCUGCAGCCCCGAACACAGCGGGGGGAGACAGGUCCAGAUCGUCCUCCGACAGCCCGUCAGUGGGCAGCCUAGGAGACUCAGACGGGUACGGCCAUCAGCUGGUCCAGGCAGAAACCCCCCAGGAGGUCCAGGCCUCAGACCUGGGGUCAGCUGACUGCAAAGCCGUGGUGUCCGGCCUGCUGAGCGGACGCCCGGCCAGCUGGGAGGUCGUGUUCGACAUCGAGCCGUUCCUCAGCGGGCGCGAGCGAGAAGAGAAGGUUCACGAGGAACUCUGGAACGAGACCUUCCACCACCUGGCCGGCAGAUCCAUCAUCAGAGACUUCGAGAACAUGGCCGACGCCGAGAGUCCUGGCAGGAAGUACCAGCUGUUUGCGAUCCACACCAGCAAGUCCUGCAACAUCCUGAGCAAACACACGGCGUUCGUUCCCAUCGACCUGGACACCAACGAGUACCUGCACACCUGCAUCGAGUACUCAAACGCAGGGGAGGGUCUGAAGAGGGGGUCCCGGUCCAGCUCUCGCUCCGGGAGCAGGAAGAACCGAGGGUACUCCGUGGGGCUCGGACGCUCGCAGUCCGGAGGAGUUUCUGAGGACGCUGAGGACUUCCUGAUCAACAACGGAGAGGACGGGGCGUCUCCGUGCAGCACGCCGUCCUCCGCCGGCUGGGAGCGCUGCAGCUUCACCGAGGUCUGCCAGAGGAGUCCCUCCGUCACCUCCGACCAAUCACAGAAAUCAGUGGAGAGCAUUUUUUCUGCCAGAUUGGCUCUCAGCAGGACGCGCCUCCUGACUCGAGCGGCUAAAGGCUUCAUGUGUCGAUCGCACAGCAAGUCUGGAGACUCGAUGGGAGAGAGCGACAACGAGAACAAAGACUACAUUCCUCUGGUGUUGCUGCAGUUAGCCAGCGGGGCGUUUCCUCUGGACGCCGCGCUGUGCUUCGCUACCAGCGUUCCCAUGGAGAAGCUGAAGUGGACGUCUCCGUUCAGCAGCCAUCGAAACAGCCUGGCCCCCCAGAGAGACCCAGAGUUCAGCAGCAUGGCCCCCCAGAGAGACCCAGAGUUCAGCAGCCUGGCCCCCCAGAGAGACCCAGAGUUCAGCCCGCCUCAUGACCCCCCGUCAUCAGGGAGUCUCUGCACCGAGCCCCUUCACUCCCAGACGGACAGCGGUCGGGGCUCCGUGGACACAUCGUCGCCCAGGAGGCUGGAUCCGGAGAGUCUGAUUUGGGGAACGGCGGUGGCGCUCGCCUGGCUGGAGCACAGCUCGGCCAGCCAUUUCAUCGAGUGGGAGCUAGCUGCGGCUAAGGCUAGCACGUGGCUGAGCGCACAGGAAAUCCCUGAAGGACGAGAUUUAGAGUCCGUGAAGGCCGCCGCCAACCAGCUGUUCAUCAUCCUGAGACACUGGGACGAGAACCUGCAGCUCAACAUGCUCUGCUACCAUCCCAGCAGCGUGUGAGGCCUAACCCUAAUAUUAACCCUAAUAUUAACCCUAAUAUUAACCUAACCCUAACCCUAAU